CAACUGUGCGAGAUAACUACUUUGACUAGCAUCGUCUUGAAGGAAAGAAAGUUUUUACUCAGUGUUUAACGAUUCUUUGACGAUGGGGUCGAACAUUUCUUCUACUUGAGAUAUCUCAAACAAGAGGAAAAACUGUCAUAGUAACAUACACAUGACGCGAAAGAGUGAUAACUACGCGGGGAAAGUGCCAAAUGAUUCAACUGUCCAUGCAGCUAACGAUGCUGGAAACCUGAAUAGUCAUGCUGGGAAUGAAAAUUAUAAAUGGAAAAGAAUUCAGAAGAACAAUGCUAAUGCAAGCAAUUUUGACUUGAAAAACUUGGAUUUCUCACAGAUUGAUGAUGAGUUAGAUGAUGAUCCCUUGAAUAAACAGCUUCCUAGUGCUGUUGAUGUGAUUUUAUCAUCGAAAUCAGCAGAUACCAAUCAGGAAAUACUCGUUUCAAAGGACCUGGGUAGAAGUAAGAGCCCACUUUCACAGCAGGAAUGUGGGAUUGCACAGGGAUCCCAUAUCAGUCGAGCUCGUUUGAAUUGUACCCCGCAAUCAAAUGAGGCAGUGGGUUCCGCUGGCAAAAUUGCUGGGAUAAAAAGUUUGGGAAGUGCCUCAGUUUCUCAUACUGGGAAUAAUAAUCUUAAGAGUAGAUAUCAGAAAAAGAAUGUUCAGCCAGCAUCUGGAAGUCAGACCUCAAAUAAUAUAACGGAAGAGCCACCGGCUGCUAAAUAUCAACCUCCUAUAUCGUCUUCAUUGAAUGUGGUAAUAAAUGCAGGUCAUAAUAUAGAAAAUAUAAAAGCUUUACCAGGUGUUCCGGAGGAGGACUGCAAGAAUGCUACUGCUUCAAAGUUGAUGAUUCAUGGAGAUAAAGCCCGAGGCCAAACAUUUUGUGGUCUUCAAAAUGAUUUCAGAAGCCUUUGUCGGGCAGUGAGUGAGGCCCAUAGGACACAACUAGCUGUUGAAGCUAUUGAGAUGAGUAAGGGCUAUCCUGUUGCUGAGUUUGAGAAACUUCUUCAUUCUGCCUCUCCAGUUAUAUGUCCUUCCGUUAACAUCCGUACUUGUCAGGGUUGCGUCCAUGGUUUAGGUGCACCUCUAUGCAGGCAUGAGAUACCCAAUAUCUCUUUAGGGAACUUCUGGCAGUGGUAUGAGAAAAAUGGGAGUUAUGGUUUAGAAGUAAAAGCAGAGGAACAUAAGAGAUGUAAACAACAUGGUUUUGAUCGUCUUAAGUUUAGUGCAUACUUUGUUCCAUAUUUGUCAGCCAUUCAGCUCUUCAAGGAUAAUGGAACUCUGGGGUCCAUAGAUGUGGUGGACUCUGGGAAAAAUAAAAUAUCUGAGAGUUCACCCAGCGUAGACUUUCACACAAUAUUUUCUACAGUUAUACCUAAACCUCGUAUUGAGGACUCAAGCUCUUUGCCGAGAAGGAAGGUUGUCUCCGACUCCGGGUCAUCUUCAAAGUACAGCGAUACCGAAUUGCAUCAUCCACCAGUUGAAUAUAAGUUGUCUGAUGAUAAUGUGGAGCUUCUGUUUGAAUUUUUCGAACGGGAUCAGCCCCAAAGUCGUAAACAUUUGUUUGAAAAGAUUCGGGAACUUAUUGCUGGUCGUGGGCCUUCAAGUGGUGGAGUGUAUGGAGAUCCAUCAAUCUUACAGUCCGCACGCUUACCUGAACUGCACCCUCAUUCGUGGUUUUCUGUUGCAUGGUACCCCAUUUAUAGGAUACCAAACGGCAACUUCCGUGCUGCUUUCUUGACUUAUCAUUCACUUGGCCAUUAUGUUAACAGAGGCCACGCACUUGGUGCUCAUCGUUUGGAUACCUGCAUAGUUUCCCCAGUUGUGGGUCUCCAAAGCUACAAUGCUCAGGGUGAAUGCUGGUUUCAGCCAAGGCACUCCACCAACCACCUGAAAGAAGUGACCUUGGAUUCGGAUCCACCUUCAGUUUUACGAGAUCGACUAAAGACACUAGAGCAGACUGCAUCUCUUAUGUCACGAGCUAAGAAAACGAAUGGUACAGAAACACUCGUGAACAAGCACUCUGAUUACGAGUUUUUCCUGUCCAGGCGCCGUGUUCGAUUACCUUGAUCUAUCUCGUUUCUCAACCAUAUACAGUUCUCAUCAAAGGUUUUGUUGUGUGUUUCCAGCUUAUCUGAGUCCAACUAUGAGAGGCUUACAUCCAUUUUGAUACUUUUUAAUUUUCUGGUUUGGAGAUUCUUGUAUUGCAUUGAAACUAGGUACAACCCUUUUCUGGAUUAAAAUAGUGUCGGCUUG